AGGUCACUUUGCACGGUUCAUUGCAUUCGAAUUCAGUCCCUGUGUGUACGCGAAGUAAAUGGUGGUACGGUAGACAUUACAUAAGGUUUACCGUUAUUACAUGACUGAUUGCCGAUCCUCUUGGGAAAAUCUCGUGGUUCCCACAUGAUAUUUCCAGAUCAUUUGAUUCUCGGAUUGAAGAGUGUUUAACGACGUUUCUCAAGUUUGGAUGACUGCUUCUGCUCGAUCGUGUUUAUGGAGGUUCUGCAUUUCGCACAACACAGUCCAACUCGCGUGGAAGCUAUUUGCUUUCACCCCAGGAUUACUCAUGCACAUGGAUGAUUUAAGAUUUUUUUUAAAUUCGAGCAAAGCCUUCAAGAGCUGCAUAUGAUGUACAAAUGUCUCUACCGUGAAAGUUAGUUAUCAGUUGGUAACUUGAACUUUUUUGGGUGACAGUACAAAGGCUCUGUAGUGGUCAAUGCACCCCGGUGACUGCCUAUUGUUGCAAUAAGUACGUUAUAAUUAAUGUCGGUGCGUGCAGGUACUAGGACGACCUCUCCGGCUGCCGGGUCAGCAACCACCGCCGACCCGGGCUGCAGCAGCACCCGCUGGUGCUGGUGGGCAUCACCGUGCUGGUUCGCGAAAACUGUCACGCUCUUCGUGGUCUGGCUGGCAUUGGUUACUCUCCAGUUUUUAGAGCGCGAGGCCCCGGUUCAAGUGGCCGCUUCGGCCUCUUUGGUUGUCGUCUCGUUGUUCCUCGUGCACCGCAUCUACAAGGUAGGACGGUUGCGGCAUGCUCGGAGAAGGAAGAAUGCGAGAGCGCCGGUCCAUGAUAACCCGCCAGCCAGCACCGAAGUCAAUGGCGGGCAGAUUCACAACAGAUUCGACUACGAUCCGCCGCCGUACUUCACCGAGGCUGCAGCCACGCGCCCGACGGUCCAACCUGUUGCAAGUCUUCGUAACGGACCUGCAAACACCGCCAACGCAGGCUGCAAAGGCAGCCUCGGCCGUCGAUUAGUCCCCUGGCUCGGGGUCGUACUGCUUGCCGCGGUGCUGCUGGCUUUGAUGAUCAUCCCAUAUUUUGUACCUGUGGUGCCCAUCUCAACCGGCAUUUCAUUCACGGCGGUUUUCAUUCUUGCAAUCAUCGGUUCACAAAUCCCAAAGGCAAGACAGAUGUGGAAAGGUCGUAGAACUAGAACGAGAAACGGAGCACCUGGAACGAGGAACGAAACGUCUACAACGAGGAACCAAGUGCCUGGAACGAGGAACGAAACGUCUACAACGAGGAACCAAGUGCCUAGAUCGAGGAACCAAGCGCCUAGAUCGAGGAACACUGCGAGGACAGGGACCGAAUCUCAUAGAGCAUGGAACGCACCGUCUGUAAUCAAUGGCGGGCAAACAAACACCAGUUUCGUCUACGACCCGCCGCCGUCUUUCAUCGAGGCCUCAGCCUCGUCCCGAGCGGUCCCAGCCUCGACGGCUGCUGGUCUUACCGACAACGAGCCGCAAGAGCCAGGCCACUAUCACACCACGGAACCCAACGAGGCUACGGCGGUUCAGAUGCCGUCUGCAACGGGCGAGCCCACGCUGCCAUCAUACGAGGAAGCCGUGGCUCAAAAUGCCGUUGGAGUUUAAUUUGUUUUCAAAUUGUGAAUUGAAUGUAUAUUAUUUUAUUUUCGUGGACAAGUUUCAUUAUAUUUACUUUACAUAAUUAUCGUUCCGUUAUUCAAUGCCAGAAUGUGAAGUGUCCAAUAACCAGUUACAUUCACGAUUGAAUCUACCUUUUGUGAAAUGUCAUUAUAUUUACGUUUAAAAUUACAGACUCGGGUUUAGGCUACGUCGAUUAAUCAUUAUCAAUAUGUUAGCAUCACUCCAAAUUUUGAAAGUGUUGCUAUAAGGUUUGUCUUUAUGAUCUGUUUUGAUAAUUAAGAGUUUCAAACUACCUUCGAAUUCAUAAUAUUGCAGUUCUAAGUUUAUUUGACUGUAAAAUAAAUGGCCCCAGUGGCGUUUGAAUUUAAGAG